AUGGCUUCCAUACCUACUCGACUCGACUUUGACGAAACGCUUUUCUACAGCAAAUGCCCAAAAACCGAAAAGCUUUGGCUUAAAGCAUACACCUCUUUGGUGUGGUCUCUUGAUACUGCACAUCAAAUUCUUCUCGUAAUCGCGCUGUACAAGUAUUGCGUGUCGAACUAUGGGAACUUACUCUAUCUGACACGCCCACAGAGGAUCCUAAUCAAUGAGGCGGUUAUUUCGGCCAUCAUUGAUGCCAUGGUUCAGUCGCUCCUGCUUAUGCGUGCAUGGAUCCUGAGUAACAACAACUGGCUGGUCAUAGGUGCACUUUCUGCAGCUAUUUUAGCCCAUUUCUCGAUUAUCAUCGCAUAUUUCGGACAAAUCUAUCACUUUACCCAGUUCACACAGCUUCUAAGCGUCAUCAAUACUGAACGCGCAAUGAACGCUGUUGUCGCCGCUAUGGAGUUUUUCAUCUCCGCCGUCCUUGUUUCCCUAUUGUGGAAGCAUCGCUCUCGCGUAAGGAAGACGGAUUCGGUUGUUCAGCGACUCAUUUUGUAUACGAUUAAUACCGGGUUGAUAACAGGCCUCUGGGCAGUAGUGGCUUUGAUCGGCGCUGUCGUGAAACCUGAUUCGCUGAUUUACCUCCUUGUUGACUUUGUCAUUCCCAAAUUAUACGUAAACUGCAUGCUUGCUUCGUUAAACGCUCGCUCGAGUCUUCGUGAAGAUCUCUCCAGUGAUGGAGGGCUUGUCAGUAUCCAUCUGGACGAUAUUCAUUCUGUAUCUCGUGAAAGGCUUGAAAGGUCUAGGUUUGGGUCGCGUAAGUCCUCAGCACCGAGAGCAAUUGAAUGCAGGGUAGACGUGGACUGCACCAGUUCUGAAGAUGUAUAA